UCCAGGGCGGCGGCCGGCGCCUCUGUGGAUGCCCUCCGUGUCUGCUGUGGGGGCGGCAGUGCCUGCCGUUGCCCGUAGCUGCUCUUUGCCAGGCCCUGUGGAGGGGCCCUGUGGGCCGUCCAAGUGGUUGGUCAGAGGCCUGACUGGCUCCGUCCGUCUUUCUGGAGGCCCUUCUCCGGGCGGCCCAGCUGUCCGGUGCGCGGCCCUGCAUGUUCCAGCUGCGCUGGCUCUGAGCCUGGCCUCCGUCUGAGGCCACGGGGCCUGCAUGGGCUCCGCCUUCCCGCACCCCAGCCCCCGGCACACGGUGGCUCGCUGCUCACCCUCGGCUCGCCCGCUCUCGGGCGCUGUCCCGAGCCACCAGCGCGCUGUCCGGCGUCUGACACCCACUGCUGUGUGAUUCACCCAGUUUGUAGCUGCUGGUGAUGGAGGGUGCGCCCGGGACCCGCCGCCCUGCCGUCAUGCACCCGAGUGUCUCCUCAUUCCUUUUUGAUCUAGAAAACUCUUCCUUUGUCUCCUGUGUUCCCUGCCGCGUUGGCUUUGUGUCCCUUGCGAUUUAGCUGCGUUUCAGGGGCUCAUUUCUGGUUCCGCCUGUGAGUCCUUCGCCCUCUCUUCCGGUCUUAAGUUGCUUUGCCGCUGAGACAGCCUCACGGUGCGUGUGUCUUUCCGGGCUGUUUCAACGGUCGGGGGCUGCCUGUCCCGUCUUGUCUUCUUCCGUUUCGCUGGACUCAGCCACGAAGCCCUUCCCACAUGCUUCUGAGUGAAGCUUGUGCUUUCCUGCACCCCUCGUCAGGGCGCCGGGCCGCUCGCCUUGCUGCCCGUACCGUGUGGCGCUCCCUCUGCCGUGACUGUUUUUGGCUAAGUGGUUCAGACCCCGUGUCUCCUCAGAGGUGUCUCUCUGUUGGAGGGGGAGGCUCUAGACAGGCCAGGGGGAGGAGGCGGGAGUGAUCCGCGGGUCAUGGACCCGUCGGGGGCGUCGGGAUGAGCGCGAGCACACACGCGUCUCCCUGCUGGCCGGGACCAAGGAGAGGCCGCCCCGCAGCCGGCUGUCAGCUUCUGGCCUUCUGCAGUGCAAGGGGCCAGGGCUCCCUGGGGAAGUGGCUGGCUCUGAUGGCAGGGCAUGCCGUGGAACUAGGUGAGCCCAGGCGACCUUCUGGUACUCCGCCGCAGCCCCCGCAGGCUAGUCCUCCCCUCCCGGGGACUCCGUGUCACCCGGCCAGGGCAGGUGUGGCCAUCCCAUCAGUGGCUCUCCUCCGGGCCGGCAGUGAGUGAGGGGGUGCCUGAGGUCAUGCAGACUCCCAGGCUGGCCGCGGGGACAGUGUCCUGCCGGGACAGAAGGAGCCUUUUUUGUCCUGCCUUCCCAGUGACUGGAGCUCUGUUGCUGGUGUCCUCAGCUGGGCUGGGCAGAGGCUGCCUUUCGCUGCUACACGUCGAUCUGUCCUUUCCGUGGCUUUGGGGGCCCCUGCGGAGUGGAUUGAACUUGGACAGAUGAGAAGGAAGUCUAAAGCAAAGCCCAACGGAAAGAAGCCCGCCGCGGAGGAGAAGAAGAUGUACCUGGAGCCGGAGUACACCAGGUCCAGGAUCACCGACGUCGGCUUCAAGGAGCUGGUGGUGCUGCCCCGCGAGAUCGACCUCAAUGAGUGGCUGGCCAGCAACACCACCACGUUUUUCCACCACGUCAACCUACAGUACAGCACCAUCUCAGAGUUCUGCACAGGAGAGGCGUGCCAGACGAUGGCCGUGUGCAACACACAGUACUACUGGUACGAUGAGCGGGGGAAGAAGGUCAAGUGCACCGCUCCCCAGUACGUCGACUUUGUCAUGAGCUCCGUGCAGAAGCUGGUGACGGACGAGGAUGUGUUCCCCACGAAAUACGGCAGAGAAUUCCCCAGCUCGUUCGAGGCUCUGGUGAAGAAGAUCUGCAAGUACCUGUUUCACGUGCUGGCGCACAUCUACUGGUCCCACUUCAAGGAGACGCUGGCCCUCGAGCUGCACGGACACUUGAACACGCUCUACGCCCACUUCAUCCUCUUCGCCAGGGAGUUCAACUUGCUCGACCCCAAAGAGACCGCCGUCAUGGACGACCUCACGGAGGUGCUGUGCAGCGGCGGGGGCCGCGGCGGGGGCGGGGGGGCCGGGGCCAGCGGCGGGGGUGCGGGGGCACAGAACCACGGGAAGGAGAGGUGAGCCCCCGGCCGGACAGGCGCACACGUGUGCAGAGACGGUGGUGCGUGUGCCUGCGUGUGUGCGCACGCACUGGGCACGCUCGGCGGGAGGCCUGAGAGGUCAUCGCUGCCCCCCCCCCCACCUGGCCUGGGCGCGCCGAGAGCGGGCUCCCCAGACGCUGGCAGGCCGCACGUCAGACUGGCUCCCCGCCGGGGUUUUCCUGUUGGAUGGACGAGUGCCACUCGUCAAGAAGGACUUUUGGAUUUCAUUCAUUCGCUCAACAAACAUUUAUGGGACUGCUGGUCUGAGUUUCCUUCUCCUGUGGGGCUUUCCUUUCCUUGGUCUUCCGUGGGGCUCCCGCCCUGCCACCCCGCCCCUGCCCCAGGGACUCUGCUGUUUUGAGAGAAACACGCCAGUGAGAGCUGGGGCCCCUUCCCAGGAGGGACUGGGCUCCAUCUGGUUUGUCUCCAGGGUGGAGCUGCUUCAGAGAUUCCUCCCGGCCCCUCAGACCUCCCUUUCCUGGCCUUGCUUGGAUCUUAGCUGUCGGCGGCUCUGAGCGGGUGGAGGGGUGGCCAGGGGUGCCCCUAGGGGCCCUGACCUGUGGCUGUGCUCCCCUCUCUCCUGUCCCGCUGCUCACGAGGGCCCCUGGACUAGCUGGGCCUAGGACCCAGGUGCCUGGGCGGGUGGCCUGUGUGGAGACGCGGCUGUUGGUGGGAGGCUGGGUGUCCCUGCUCGGCGCACCUGUCCGGUCGUAAUAAAAAGAAUUCUCUCAGGUUA